UCCAUGAAGCUCUAUGGAUACCUGAAGCUGUGCAUGCCGAUUAGCCUGUUAAUGAUCAAAACCACGAACAUUCUGACAGAGUAUCACAAUCCAGCUCUUAAAUGAGCAACAUGAGAAUAAAGGAGAUGAUGGGGCAGAGUAGCGGUAUCAGGUGGUUGGCUUUGUUGGCUUUGUUUGGAUAAUUUCAUUAGAGGAUUACGUCAGAGAUACGGAGAUGCAUAGUAUAUAAACAAAUCCUCAUUUUCUCAUGAUCACUGAGAUUAUUAGGAGACUUUCUCUAGGAUGGCACAUGUCCAUAUCAAGCAAAGAGGAGCAAUGAGACCCCUGGGUGCUUCUUCGGCUAAGCUCGUGCUCUUCCUCGCGGUGAUGACCCAGCUCACCUGUGACACAGAGGCGAUGACGAGCUGCUGCACGAGGAAGCCGCACCCGUGCCCGCUCCAUGAGUUACUGUGUCGCACAGGACACCGGAACCUCACCGACCUGGACGGGAAACUCGGGCGCCUGAGCAGCGACGCCGCUGCCGGGAUCCUCACACUCGGCAAACGGAACGCACCCGAAACCCGGUACCAGGACCGACUGCAGCAUCUUCUGCACAGCUCACGCAAUCAAGCUGCGGGGAUCCUUACUAUGGGCAAGAGAGGCGUAUGGAGCGGAUUCGGUACCGACCACACACCCUUUAAACUGGACCUCGAAAGACCACUAAAAUACCUGAUCCGGCCUGUAGACAGAGACUCAUACGAACAGUGAUUAGUGCACUGAUCCUUCUCUAAAACAGCACAUUAUUAACCUAACCCAUUAAGCUAGUGAUAUCUGUUGUGGUGAAUAUUUCCGUACAUGCAUUGUAUUAUUGCACCUUAAUUGUGAUUAAUAGUCAGGAUUAAUCUGGAUCAUCUACUAUGUAUAUUAUUUUUUAAAAU